AUGGCGGGCAAAAGACAGAGAAACGGCAGUGGGUACACCGGAGUGAGAAAGAGGCCAUGGGGCCGCUUCGCCGCCGAGAUAAGAGACGGGGCCCACAAGAGGCGUCGAUGGCUCGGCACCUUCGACACGGCCGAGGACGCGGCAAGGGCUUAUGACGCCGAAGCAUUGAAGAUCAAAGGUCCCAAGGCCAAGACCAAUUUCCCCAUUUCACAGAAUACCCUCGCACCCGGGCCUCUUUUUCCGAGUUCCCACAAUGCCCCUCUGCAAGAUGAGGGGUUCAACCCCGACCAGUUCGUCGCCGAGGUGCUCCAGUGUGUGGAGCCUCAAACUGAGGUGAUCAAGUGGUUUAAAAUUUGGGCUAUGGCUCAAAUGGAAGACAGAGAAACCACAGUUUCUCCCUCUAACUUGGGUGCUUUCAUGUGGUAA